AUGAUACUUGUUAUGUUUCAUGUCGAGUUACUGAUUGUUUGUUUACUCGUUCGAAUUAUAUUUUGUCAAGAGUUUGAUGUGACGAUCUGUCCAAAUGGUCUUACAAGUUCAUCAAGUGGUCCACAUUGGCAAUCAUCAAUACCAAAACGCUUCGAAUUCUUUGCUGAAGUGAGUACAGAUGCCAAAUCUGUACAAAUAACUCAAUUAUUCCAUAGUCCGAAACGUGAUGCUAUUAUUUUUCAUAAUUUUGAAUUGAUAACACAAAAAUAUUAUGAUUUUCAAACGAAUGAAAUUUUAUCUAUUGAUAAGAACAUGGAAUGCACUCGUUUAGAAAUUGACAAAAACGAAGGACAACCGAUUGCUAUUAGUCAAAUUGUAAAACCGUCUAUUUUGCUUGGUUUUAAUGAAAGAAAUGAAUAUAAUAAUAGAUUUUAUACACGAUAUGUCGGUUCAACAACUGUUCGUGGUGGUAUUGCUGUUCAACAAUUUCAAUCAUGUUUCUAUGUUUCUGAACAAAAUUUAACAAUCAAUGCAACCUAUUUUCUUAAAUUGUCUAACUCAAAUAUUGCAUCUGAUAUUGUUCAAAUUGAUGUAUUAUCAAAGAAUUUUUCUUACACAUACAAUAUUAUACGUUUUAUAUCCAAUUCAACUCUUGACAUAACAACACCAUCAGGUGUCUUUUGUCCAAAUCGAACUAUAACUAAGAAAAUACCGGAAAAUUUUCCAUCUCGUCUAUCUUUACAUGCCGAAGCAUUGGUACCUGUUCUCAACACUACUAGUACAACAAUUGAAUCAUACGAUCGCCUCAUUGAUCAAGUAUUAGAAUUUGAAAGAAUCGACUAUAUUGGAACAAAAAAUAAUAGCCUACCAUCAAGUGCAACUCGUAUGUUGAUCGAUUAUUCAGUUGGUCUCAGUUAUACUUAUGAACGAGAAACACAGCAAUGCACUGUGAUGAAUAUGAGUGUCAAUACACAUAUGCAUACCAUGAGUCAAAUAGUAUUUCAGUUCGGUACUGAUAAUAAUGUAAUUAAAUUUCAAUAUACGGGUAUUCAUGAAUGUGAUCGUGAUCGAUUACAAUGUCAUCGAUGGAUCGGACAAAAUGAACAAGUGAAUUUCAUCCAACAGUAUGAAUGGUUUUGGUCAGCAAAAUAUAAUCAAAUUGAUUUACAAAAAUUCAUUCCAAUCAAAGUUAAUAUUAAUAAUAUUAACAAACAUGAUCAAUCAAAAGUUCAUCAAGAAUUUAAUUUCUUCAAUUAUAACUCUUUACCUAAUUCAAUGCAAGCAAUUGAUUCGACUUUGGCUGAAUGUUAUCGAGCUUUAGGACCGAGUCAUGGUUUUAACUAUGCAAUUCUUCGCAUGACACUUAAUAAUGAUGCAAAACAUCCUGUUGAGCGACAUUUGCUAUCACUUCAAUAUCGUUUACAUCUUCAACUAGCUGUCGAUCUUGGAAUUCGACAUAUUCGUUUAUCAUCGAUUAUAAUCGAUACGAUACGUAAUAGUACUGACAAUCAAAGUAAAGAUGUCUAUGUAACAUUUACACUUUUGGAUAAUCCACCUAUAUCAAAAACUCGUCUUAAAGAACCAUCGUCAUUAGAAUUAAUCAAAACCUUAGCUCUUCAAAUUAAUCGUGGGGAUUUUCGUGUACGAGAUGAUGAUGGUGGUUAUGAAUUGAAAGCUCGAUCGAAUAGUCUUCGAACAUUAGUUCUCUAUUUGUUACCACACGAAAAUCAUACGGCAGUACUCAACUCAAAUAUAACACAGACAAUGCUGCAUUAG